UUCCACUACCUUACGUCACAUUACUUUACGUGGCCUAUUUUCUAUGAAUAAAACAUAUUUUUAGACUGGAUGUCAUCGUACCACGAACAUUUUCAAAAAAUAAAUUAUCCUAUUGCGUGGUGUCCUUUUGAUCACAUGAUUAUCCAUUGACUAUUUAUUCAGUUGACUUGACGCCCUUUUCAUAUCAUCGUAUCAAGGUACGGCUGAGAGAACAAUUAUUUUACUGAAACGAAUCAGAGAUUUCUGGCCUUCGUGAGAUUACAGGUAGGCUAAAUUAGUUGACUUAAAACGACCAGCCUGCUGUCCGGUUAAAUAGCUUAUUUAAAUAAGUGAAUGGUUUUCUUCCGGCCCACUGUGCCAAAGAAUGUUGUUCGAUGCGAUGUUAUUCUGCACCUUAACGAAAAGCGACACUAUUUAGUAGGGUUUUCGUCAAGUUUCUUGCUCUUUUAUGGCCUUAUAAUUGACAUAUAUUUUCCAUGAUUGUAUCCAUCAGUGGGCCCAGAAACUACAGGCCUAGGCCUGUAAAUAAUUUCUCGUUUUAGAAAGGAAUUAUGACCGAUCGGGUGACUGUUCUAGUAAGACAAGCCAGAAAAUUUGUUUGACUUUGCUUAUCUUAAACUAACUGAUAGUAUCUAAUCUUUCUGGUCAUCGUUUCCGAUCGCGGUAUAAUUAAAAAAAAUAAAUAAAGUCGGACGUCGUCCGCGAAUUUUGGAUGACCUUCUGAGGAAACUGUCCGAACUGUUUUUGAUCGAUAAAUCUUGUUUUUGCCUGUUUCACUUCGCAGUCAAGGCCUUCUUGGGCGUGAUGUUUUCUUUCCCAAAACCCAGUGCUGGUUUAGUUUUGCUCUUUCCCCAUAAAGUAAAGAAAACAAAUCCAUGCUGAUUGUCCAAUUCAAUGGGCUCAUUCUCGAACAAACAAUGUGAAAAGAUUCCGCAUGACUUGUUAGUUUUUUAGCGCCAAAGCAGUCGGAAAAAUCCUGAACACAGAAUUUUACUCGUAUUCAGUUUUUUAGAAGGGUUUUCCAAGUCUCAAGACGGACAAGCUUCCCACUCAAAAAUCAGUUCAGCAAAUACUACCUUCGCUUAUUCCGUGUAAGAUAACUUUUUCUCACUGUAUUUCAAUAUUUUUAAAUCUUAGUUUAAUUGUAGUUUUAAUUUCAGCUAUCGCGCGUGCGCUCUGCGUUCGAACAAAAACAGUACUUGUUUUACCGAAAGCCAUCAAAGAUUUCUUAAUUAGAUAGUUAAAACCAUUACUUGUGACGUACUACAGUUUAUAGAAAGCGAUACAAUAUCAAAACGACCUAAAAAUAGCAAAAAGAACCAAUCUCAAUUAUAAAAAGAACCAAGCAUCUUCAGUUCGAAACCGAAAUAACCUCAACUCGAAAACGAAGAAUCCUGCAAGCCAAAGCCAAAAUACCCUCAACUUCGGUGAAAACACCUGCAAACAACUAAAUAUAGUCAGUUGUUUCCAAGGGUGAUGGGCUGUUCCAGGCUCUCGGUACAGAGAGAGAGAGAAGAGGGGGAAGUGGGGCGGGGGAAGAGAGAGAGAAUUUCUUCGCUGUCCCCGUUCUGUUUUUGCUCGUCUCGACUAAAUGAAAGCCACAAGGGUGACAAUUCCUCCGGGCAUCUGUUAGGCACUUUUGCUUUUGCUCACGGUACAAGCCCCGUUCUUUUUUUUUCCCCUUUUGAGAAGGGAGGGAAAAGAGGGGCAUAGCACUGGCUCCACUCCCCCUUCUACUGGUGGGUCAUUUGUAACCCGGGGGUUUGGGGAUUUACCAUCGUAGACUUUUGGUAUAUUAUAUUUUUAACCAUUAGAAUGAGAAAGUUUGCGGUAUUGCGGUGUUGGUAAUUUUUCACGUGGACUAUUUUGCGGUAUUUUGUCAUAUUGCCGUAUCCGGCUAAACAUGUAAGAUGCGGUAUUUUUAAUAUUUGGGUCGAUUUUUGACUUGGUAUAGUCUUACUUGCCGCUUUUCUUUUUUAAUUGUGUUACAGUGCUCGGCAACAUUAUCCACUCUAUACUUAUUGCGCAUGCGUUUAUUUCUACUUCGUUUAUUAUUGGAUUAUCAUUCACAUAGCUGCCGAAUAUCUUUCAGUGGAAAGCAGACUUCAUCACGACAGCUACUGCAAAUAACGAAGCGAGUUUCUUUUAUAGGAAAAUAACACAAUAUGUUCCUCAGGGCUGAGCUGAGGUGCUGUCACGCAUUAGUGACGCGGCAGUGUAAUUCCUCGUCACUAUUUUUAGAAUGUUUAUUGAUGACACCUCAGAAAAAAAAGAAUAAAAAAAAUCAUUACCCUGAAUCUGAAUUUGAGUCAACUGGUGAGGUUGUUUGAAGGUUAGUUUGUUAUUGCUGGCUCACAAGGUGGUGUGCCUGUCAUUGGGUUUACUGUGGAAAUAGUUUCAUGCACUGCUGCAUUAUGUAAUAAUAUCUCAGUGCGUUUCAAGAUCUUCCUGCCUGCAACUGAAGGUAUUCUGUUGGAUAAUGUUCGACAAGUAGUGUUACGUUUGAAUUUUUUUAUCAUUAAGUGGAAAGAACCACGCAUGGCAAAUUGAGCGAUAGUCACCCAUGCUAAUGCAGGGCGACAGAAUUUCAUCAAUUGAUAGCGUUGUUCCAUUUUGAUUUUUCACCAGAUCAUUGCAAACAUGACGCAAAGUGGAAUCGGAGCAGCAAGUGAGACUGAUGUUGCGGCACUUAGUUCAGGGCAAUCAUUGGACUUUGAUGACGACACAUUGAAAGGUAAAGACAUUCACUACUGUUAUUUGUUGAUCACCAAAAUCAUGUACGACUCCCUUUUUGGCGUGUUAAACAGAAAAUUUAGUCUCAUAUCACUGUUACUACGUAGUGACCAUCUUCACUGACAAAACCUAGUAGGAAAUAAUCUUGCUUUCUAGAAAUAAGUGUCAAACAAAACUUUGCAAACCUUUGUAUUGACAGCGCUACCCAAAUCAAACCCUGACGGGAGGGGUUGGUAACUAGAUGGGAGAUCAGCAGCCAUAUUCUGUCCUGAACACUUUCAUUCUCUUCCUUUUUCUUUUUUUUAAAUUUCAUUUCAUUGAACAUCCUAUUUCUAUGACUAAUGUCAUGGUUUACGCUAUUCAUAAGGUAACUAUUAACACCCAAAGAAAUAGCGCUCAGGUUUAACGACAUUUCAAUCUGCUUCGUUGUCAGCUAAAGCAGAAGUUUACAAGACUAAAGGUAAUGAAGCGUACUUGAAGGAAGAUUACAGCAACGCCAUUUACUUUUAUACUGAGGGAAUAAAAGUAAACUGCAAGAACAGAGUUUAUGACGUGCUGAAAGCGUUUGAAUUUAACUACAUUCUAACUCAAAACCAUAACCGGCGUUCUUUGAUCAUUUACCUUAAUUUUUUCAAACUUUUGGAAACUAUGCAAGAAUGAAAUUGAAGCUUAGAAUUAGGAUCAAUAACUGAAUUCACAAAGUCACAUCAUUUCUAUCACAGGACUCUCGAGACUACGAAAACAGAACUGACUUGAUCAACUGGAAAUCAGCAAUCACCCUUCAUUGUCCUUUUGCGAUGUUGACUGAUUAUGACAGUGGCGGUCAUGAUCAAGUUUUCUAUGUUUAACAUUUCAGUUAUAAUUUUCUGUUUAUCCCGCCAAGCGCUUUUUCGAUAGAAUUGAAGAAAGGGAGCAGGCUUGUGUCGCUGAAUAUUCUAGGUUUACUGAUUUACACUAUUUUCACUAAUUCAGGAGCGAAAGCUUUAACAAGAUUGAAUCUGUUUAAGCUGGCGAUCACGUGGUGUGAUAGAGGAUUAGCAGUAUCCUUUUGUUCAUUUCAUUCCUGCAUCAUGAUCAAAAGAUAGUUUACCUUUGCUACUUGCUAUACUCCUUACUAUGUUAUGAUUAAAGCUCCACAUAGAGUAUGAUUACAAAAAGUCUUUGAAACAUGUCUCGCGUUCAAAGCAAAAGCAAAUUACAUUGCAAAUAAAAUGUGAUUACAAGCCCUCUUUGAAACCUAUAAGAGAGAAAGAAGAUCCAGGGGACUAGGUUCGAAUUUACUCCAACCAAAAGGACAUGGAGUAUGUCACAGCUUCUAAUAUUAGCCCUGUUUUAAAACCCAGUCUCACCAGUUACACGAUUUACCCUAUUUCUCUUCCACCUUUCUAUCCCUGAGCUACGCGAGGUUCUGCCAGUUCUUCAAUACACGUAUUUCUAUCCUCAGGGAGUUUUAUGAAUCGGGUUUCAACACCGUAUUGAGUGAACUAGGAUUAAUUGCCACUGGUAUCCUAAAAAGUAAAGUUUGCCUCGUUCAAGGUAGUGUAUUAUUUGUGGUGUGUUGUUAGCAUUUUCGGUCGUUUCAGGGCGAUUCUAGACUUUCCAAAAGUCCUUCGUCACUUCGCGGACAAACAAGGCUCGCUCCGCUCGCCAAGAGGUCGACUUGUAGCAAGUCUAGGGCAAUUCCAGCGAGUUUCAAUUCUGCAGUUCUCUGUAAUUGAAACUUCAAUUUUUUUUUAAUAGUAUAAAAGUUGUUAACUAGCCUAUUGGCCUGCUAGGCCUCAGCUGACAAACUGCUCCAUGAGACAACACCCUGAGGUCAGAAACUCUCUGUAAAGAGUCUUGGCAUAGAAUGAAAAUAUUUUUGGUGCGGGCCCCGAAGAUUAUGUCUACGAAUGAUAUUCAAGUUUGCAAAUUCCACAAGGAUGAUUCGAGUGCUUGUUUAUCCUGUGGUUUAAACUCGUCUGUGAACGAGGCUUAUCCAGUCGAGGUCGCGGAGAAUCUGAGCAGAUCUGACAUCUCACCCGGAUCCACACAUCAUAAAUGCAAUAGUUGCAAUUUUUCAGGUUUUUCACUAAGUCCAGCACCAAAAUCCCCAGACGCAACUCCACAAUAAUCGGGAUAAGACAUCGUAUCGGGAUAAGGCGGGAUCGUGAAUCAACAAUUUGUAACUUGUUACGAGAAUUCUUUCAGGACAUUUUGGCUUCAGUUCCCCAAGCUAGGGCGACAAAUGCUAUUGUAGCUUUAUUGUUGAUCUCUUAAAUAUGAAAAAAAAGGUACUGCUUACUACGUUAUUUGGCGUGAGCGCCGAUGUGAAUUGAGCCAUUGUUUCACAUUGCUAGCUUAGGUUAUGAAUUAGGGAUGAGAACAACUCUUUAGGGUUUCUAGACACCUAGGCAAGGUUAGGGUCAUUGGAGUUCAAAAUUUCUAGAAAGGGAUAGUUAGUUACAAUAUGGCAAGUCAUUGAUACAUAAAAGGAAUAUCAGGGAUCCGAAGAUAGAGCCCUGAGGCGCCCCGAAACGUACACAAGUUCUUCCAGAUUUGACGCUGGUUAUCGCUGUAAUCUUUGUUUUAUUAAAUUUUCUGUUUCUGAAGAGGUUUAAGUUCGAAUACCCUUUUUAGCUUGAUAAACAGAAUGGUGUUUGUUAAAUCCUUUCUCGUUAUCUAAGGUGCCAAAUGCCGUUGAUAUGUCGACAAGAGCUCUCAAAGUAAAGUAUUGAGAGAAUUAGAGACUGUAGCUAUAAGUAAACUUAUUUGAUGCCUUGGAAACUAAAGAAAGCUGGGAUACUGUUGAGGCCAUUUCAGUGACAGAAGAAAGGAGAAAUGGCUUGACUUUGGGUUUUCGUUAGUAACACAUAAUGUGAAAGUCAGGAUCAGACAGGUUAGACCUGAUCCUGUAAUUAAUUACAUUCUGAUUGUACAUGGUGACACCUCCAGCUUCUCUUUAUAAGGGGCGUAGCCAGAAUAAGUUCCGGAGGUACGCACAAUUUUCCCCCUCCCCCAGUAAAUCAAUAGAUCCCUCGUCGUUUCCAAGUUUUCUCUCCAUCCAGUUCUUUCUUAACAGUAAGACGUGGGAGAAUCAUAUAGUAGACGGAUGUGCAUGCAGGCCCAUGUUCGUAGGGAAAAUGUCAGCUGAAAUAUGAUAUUUAGGCGGUUUGAAACAGCUAGAAAUGCGUCUAAAAUUAGCAUUCUUCUUACAGAUACUGGGGAAAAUUUCAAGUUACUCAUGAUGAAAAACUUACUUAGCCUUUUUAGCCCCUCAUGAGGGUUAGUUUUGUUUAACGGAAAUAUUGGGAAAAUAAAUUACCCAUCCUACGCUGUCCGAUCAGCCUUGACUUUAAUUCAUAGGAACUCACUGAACAGGUCCACUAGUUGAUAUUCAGUUAGAACAAACAUAAGAAGUACUUAAUUUAUAAUGAAACUUCAUACCUUAACAAUGUCAAAAGAUCGAAACGGAAAACACCACUUUGAUGGAGCUCAGAAAGCUGGCAACAGACAUGGACAACAAGGUAUCUGGGUUUGUUUCUAUAAUAAGCAUUUCGCUUUGAUUUAACGAUGAAAAUAGCUUUUCAUGCUGCACUGAUAUUGCAAGUUGACUCCAAUAAAAGCCGAGAUUCCAUCGGUACCAGAAUCCGUCAACUAAGGGCUCCGCCUUUAAAGCAAUUUUACUAACAGUUCGCGUUACGUUUAAAUUACCCUGUACUAAGUUCAUAAAAUGGUUGCUAAGCAAUCAACCCAUGAAAAUCAGGCAUUAUAUUCAAUUAUUGUUUAUUCAAAAAGUUUCUUCUUUUCUGAUUGGCUCAAAUUCCGCGGCUUAUUCUUCAUAAUCAGCUGGCGUUGACCAAAUUUGGAAGAAGUACUACAGCCUAAUUGCCAGAAAAUAGACUGAAAACCGGGAAGCCUUUGAUCGAGAUUGUGUUGUUUUGGUGGAGAAUUACAAAACGACGGAAACUUUUUCACGUUUCGCAAAGAAAAAAUAGCUGAACUAUUGCCUAAAAUCAUAGCAAGAAUGGAGAAGAUCUGCAGAAUUCAUGAUCUGCAGAACUGAACAUCCCUCUAUAUCCUGAACUUGUCGAGAAACAGGCAACUGAGACAACUGAAGACGGUCCGCCUCGGCUAACCCCCUUCAAAUCAUACUCAGCUUCAUUUAAUAAUUGUUAAUUAACACACUAAUCAUCCAACAAAGAGGUUCCAAAAUUUCGCCCACAGCACGAGGUUUGAAUAUUGAUACAAAACGUACUGGACCCGAAAACUUGGAUCAAAUUACCAGACACGAGAUAGAGACGAGAAACUUUAAUUAACGGUAUUUCCUCUUUCAGCCCUCUGGGCAUUUUCUGUUUUAGUUCUUCUGAACUGGUGGCCAGUCAGGGAGGGAGGUUGCUCAUUAGUAAUUGGGGUUUAAUGAAUUACUUUGUUUUUUGGGGGGGAAGGGGCAGGGGAGAAAAUUCAUAAUUCUAUAUACACUAUUCAUAGUUUUUUACUGCUAAGAGAAUAGGAGAAUGAAACACUCGCAUAGUAGUUAAUUGUCAGUUUAUGGGUCGAAAAGCUGAACCGUUUCAAUAUAUAUGUAUACAGUUAAAAUCUCUCAGUUUGUUAAACCGGCGUCUAUUACUGACUUGAUUCAGUAAUAUGGUACUCAUAAACAAGUAUCUCAUCGUUAUCAAAAUUUUAAAAUGAGAGUCGCCAUUGGUGAGAAAAGGUUGACUUUAUCGCACCUUUCCUUGUUUGAGUGACUUCGUUGUUUUCCGAAACGUAACUGAGUGAUACCAUUAUUUUUUUCUCGCGUGCCCCGAAAUCACUGUGGCGAAUGGAUUGCCUAAACUUGGUUAUUUGCUGAUGACUCUUAAAUACGAUUGAGGGUUUUUUCUUGAUAUAAUAAGACACACGGAAUAAAGUCAAAAUCACUUCACUCUAUGGCACGCUUCGGUAGCCAAACUGAUUGUGGCUCCUUUUUCGUGAGACAAAGCUGGCUCGACAGGGCGCAAAUUUAGAACGGCUUCAAGUAAAAAAUACGUGCUUUUGCUCGUUUGAUUCUAAUUUUGUAGAAGUAGUUUCAAGGUUAUACCAAGAACUAAUCUGUAAAAAUGUUUCGCGUGCUGUUGCUUGGUUUAAAAGCUGAGCGGGACUCGCGGGUUGAAGAGAAAGCGUUUAGUAAGACAAUAAAGUGAAAAGGCGCUAAUUUGAGCACUUUAAGGAAAAUAGCUGGGUGGGUUGGCUUAGUUUUAUUUCAUCGACGCAGUCGAUGUAGAAACUACAUCCACUGCGGGGUAGUGCUUUUUAACCUGCGGGAUGUUAAGUGGCCCGCCGAGGUUAACGUUAAUUUUUCGUGGUCCUAGUCUAAUACGGCUUUCUUUGAUAGUGAUGUUAAACUUUUCACUUCGGUAUUCAACUUUUGCACUGGCUCUUUCUUCAGCUUGUAACAUGGAAAUCUAGCACGUUCUUUUUAGGUCUUAGCUUUGUCAGUUAUUUGAGCCUUAAAACUUGUUUACUCAUUUGAAGCGCUGAGAUUUCGGGAGGAGCCUUUUUUACUGAAAAUAGCCUCACCCGUCUCCUGUUAGAUCAUUUCUACGGUAUAUUUUCUUCACACCCUACUCCCCUAAGUCAGCACUUGUUACGCUACGGUGGCUUACGAAGAUUUGAAUUUCGCGGUCGAUGAUCUGGCUAGGCAUCGGUAAUCGCAACCUUUGUUUCUCGAAUAAUAGAGGCACUUUACCUUAAACAAUAAAAAAGACCAUAAAAGACGCGAAAGUCUCUCGUCAUUGUUAACCCAAAAUUGCACAUAGUUGACACAGCACGCUUCGUUUGCAAGCCAAAAGCCGGCUAACAAAUAACAUGUUUUAAAGGCAUCUCAACCACUUAGCCGUGAGAAAUUUAUAACAUCUUUGAUAGGAUAAACAUUUUUUGUGCGAAAAUAUUCGGAAUUCUAGCUCAAUUGUAGCUAAAAUCGGCAAAAAGGCAUUAGUGACGCGGCGUUGUAAUUCCUUGUCACUAUUUUUAGAAUGUUUAUUGAUGACACCUCAGAAAAAAAGAGGAUUAAAAAAAUCAUUACCCUGAAUCUGAAUAUGAGUCAGCUGGUGAAGUUGUACUUGGAAGAUUAGUUUGUUAUUGCUGGUUCACACUGACAGGGUUUUGUGCAGGGCGUAAGAAGCUAGGGUGUUGAAACGAGCGGGGUCCAGCGAUCUAUAUGUGAUGCAAGGGUCUGGGUACUACCAAAGAGACAAAACAAGAUGGCGGACAUUAUACUGGACCGUCAGAGAGAUUAUUCAGCGGACGUUAGCCAUUAUCCUGUGGAAUUCAUUUGCUGCAAGCAAUAGCGAAAGAACAAAUUAUUUUUUCUCUCGUUCGUUUUCUGUUUUGUUCAAUUUUUCCACCUCCGUAACCUGUAUUAAAAUUUCUUGACUUGGUAAGAAAAUGCAUCACAACUCAGAUGAUAGCUCUGACAUAAUUUUUAGACUAAUAUUAUCGGUUCUACUUCAGUUUAAUAUCAAGUUGUGUAAUUCAUCAUCUGCUAUGGCAUUUAUUUUUUGCUGCCCAGUUUCAAGGCCAGAUGAUCUGUUUUCACUAUUAAAGUUUGGAUUUGUUGGUGUACAUCAGUAUUCUUCUCUAACAUACAAAUUCAAAAGUAUAUUGCAAACAAGAAAAUUAUACAGAAUUAUGCACAAAUGAAAUACAAAUGGCCUGUAACAGCUAUUAAACCAUUGAAAAACAAACUUUUUAGUGUGACCAGUAACCCUAGCACACUUGUAUACUUCAUGUCCAGUAUGAUUCAAUUUCAUUCUUGGUUAAAUUUAUGAACUGCAGCCAGGCUUAAUCAAACUUGAUUCAAAAAAUACUUUCCUGUUUCCUUGUCUACAAUAUAUAAUCUUAAGAGAGAGGAUAUAAUGCUAGAAAUAUUAUACAGUAGUACAAUCAAAAGAUAAGGCACCUCCGGGAAAUCAAGUUGGUCCCUAUAAGAGUUACACCUGUCCAUUAAUACAGACAUUUUGUGCCAGUCUCAAUAGUUUCCAUCUGAGAGCUGACGGUAGUUUGUGCAACACCACACUUAAGCCUCUGACGACAAAAAUACAAAUGUUACACAGUCUUAAUUUAUUCUACUUGCAAUCAAAUUAAGACCUCUUCAUGUUCUUCUUCAAAUUCACGGAAUUAUAAACUGGUUUAUCUUUCAGUGUGUGGUCUAGUAGUCUUUUCAGGCCGGGCACUCACUGUUGUCCUGCAAAAAAUCAUAAUAACAAACACAUUCUAUGAUUUUAAUUUUACAGUGGAAUCUUUGUGGGGAUUUGAAAGCAGAUUUCUCCAUAGGCUUCAUACUGUUUCUGUGCAAUACAACCUUUAGAUUUAUACCGCAGUGAAGCAGAAUUUGUUGUUGUUUAUGUAAAGACAGUCACACGAGAUCAUUCAAAUGCAAUUUUCUAGUAGAGCUUCAAAAAUAGUCAGAACCUUCUUGGAUCGCGGUUCUGUAACUAAAAGAAUAUUAUUUACCAUCUUAGUGUAUAUUAAAAAAAGAAAAAUCGCUAAAUUGGGCAACUGAAAUCUUUUAUUUUACUAACAAGCUAAACGCCAACGUACAAAACAAAAACCUUGCUAUCGCCAUUAUGAAGUCGUCACUUCAGAAGUAAAAAAACCUUAAAGGUUCAUAAAAGUUCACUCUAAAAAUUUGCAUGCACAAACAAAAUUUAUAAAACCAUAACAUAUUUUUUUUGUAGCCGUUUAUUAUCAUUUGGUUUUGACUGGCAAUAUAAAACGCGACCUUCAACCUGUAAUAUUCGAUAGGCAAUUUUGAUACUACAUAAACAUAAAAGGCGAAAAAACACCUUAACUUAUAAGACUAACUAUAAAAUAUCACCUAAAUAUUUUCUGUAUAUCGCAUAGAAAUACGCCAAAUAUCAAAUCUCAUCAUAGAUUGCAGCGAUCUAAAGAUAUAAAGCAAUAAAUCCGAACCUACCUCCAGCUAGACGGCGCCAUUUUUCUUGCGCUGACAGCGGAUCGAGAGCGGAAAGGCCAACUAGUUCCAGUCCUACUCCGCAUCACAGCUGAACCAGAGAGCGCGUAUGAGCGUUUCAACGCCCUAGCUUCUUACGCCCUGGUUGUGUGUUUCGGGGCAACUGCCUGUCAUUGGGUUUACUGUGAAAAUAGUUUGAUGUACUGCUGCAUUAUGUAAUAAUAUCUCAGUGCGUUUCAAGAUCUUCCUGCCUGCAACUGAAGGUAUUCUGUUGGAUAAUGUUCAAAAACUAGUGUCAUGUGUGAAUUUUUUUAUCAUUGAGUGGAAAGCACCACCCAUGGCAUAUUGAGCGAUAGCCACCCAUGCUAAUGCAGGGAGAUAGAAUUUCAUUAAUUGAUAGCGUUGUUCCAUUUUUGUUUAUCACCAGGUCAUUGCAAACAUGACGCAAAGUGGAAUCGGAGCAGCAAGAGAGACUGAUGUUGCAGCACUUAGUUCAGGGCAAUCAUUGGACUUUGAUGACGACACAUUGAAAGGUAAAGACAUUCACUACUGUUAUUAGUUGAUCACCAAAAGAGCUUUGACAUAGCAAGGACGAAUGAAAUUAAAACUAUAGACAAGAACAUCACGGUGACUGGAAAAGAUAAAAUAAAUGGAUGUGCUAUUUUAAACAGGCAUCAUUAGCUAAAACAGAAUUUAAGGUAAUUAAAUUGGCUGGAAUGGUAAAAGCAAUAUUUACAGAACUAGCAAGUAAUUGCGUAAGAACCACAAACAGCCGAUUAGAUUAUUCUAGGAGUAGGCUUAUCUUGCGAUUCACAUAAGCAGAGAAUUAGCUGUUGGUCUGCACGAUUCACAUAUUCCUAGGAGACUCCAAAAAGAUCUCAACGUACAUCUUAUUCAGUGCAGUGCUUCCGCGUCUCUUUUGUCAAGUAUUUUCUGAGGAUACAAAUCAUGUACGUCUCCCUUUUUGGGAUGUUAAACAGAAAAUUUAGUCGCAUAUCACUGUUGAUACGUAGUCGAUCAUCUUCACUUCAUGGAAUUAAAAUACACUGACAAAACCUAGAAGGAAAUAACCUUGCUUUCUAGAAAUAAGUGUCAAGCAAAACUUUGCAAACGUUGGUAUUUGACAGCGCUACCCAAAUUAAACCCUGACGGGAGGGGUUGGUAACUAGAUGGGAGAUCAGCAGCCAUAUUCUGUCCUGAACACUUUCAUUCUCUUCCUUUUUCUUUAUUUUUUAUUUCGUUUCAUUGAACACCCUAUUUCUAUGUCUAAUAAUGUCAUGGUUUACGCUAUUCAUAAGGUAACUAUUAACACCCAAAGCAAUAGCGCUCAGGUUUAACGACAUUUCAGUCUGCUUCGUUGUCAGCUAUGGCAGAAGUUUACAAGGCUGAAGGUAAUGAAGCGUACUUGAAGGAAGAUUACAGCAACGCCAUUUACUUUUAUACUGAGGGAAUAAAAGUAAACUGCAAGGACCAGGACCUGAAGGCUAAGCUGUACAGCAACAGAGCAUAUGCAAACCUUCGUUUUGGUGAGACUAUUUGUACUUUUGCAAAUACUGAUUUGGCAAGGCGGGGAGAGGGGGAGGGGGUGUGGGGGGUUGGGAAGGCGAGUGGUAAGGCAGAGGUACUGAAUUUGAAUUGUGAUUAAAAGUUUGUUUGAAAUUUCGUAGUCCGCAGAGAAAGACAUUUCUUUAAAAAUGUGAUGAUGACCAAAUAUUCUAUAUAUAUUUUUACCGAAUUGCUGAUCUCGUCAGGGAACUAUUUGAGAACGUCCAAAUCGCGAGUACAGAAGGCACGAGGCUUGUGCCUGGGUAUGGGGGUAUCGUCCCCCAGGAAAUUUUCAAAUUUGGAGGCUCCGAAACGUUAUUUUCAGCACUUGUCAUGAGAUAUGUCUCCGAAAAAUCGACCUCGAAUAUGAAAAUGGCAAACAAUUGCAAGUCACUAUAACCAAAAUAACUAAGUCUAAAGAAAACAAAUCCAUCCACAGACUUGAUGUGCAGCUGCCCCCUUGCCCCCUCGCUAGCUACGGCUCUGGAUUAUAUACUUAAUAAUGAACAACUGCGGUUUUAACUUUCAGAAUCUAAGUAUAAAAAAGGUCAAACAAACGGGUCAAACAAUAACGUUCUUGCGAGCGUUCCCUUUCAUCAUGUUGCCAUGCACCGUUAUUCUCCCGCCCUUCCCCUCCCCAUCGCAUGCCUGCCAUGCAUGCAUUAGCUGACGCAGUUAAGUGAACUACUCGCGAAAGAAGUUUUCUUUAUCCAGUGUAAAUGAUUUUUCAUCUUCAAGUUUUUUUUAAUGUAAUAUCGUACAAAUAAAAAGCAUUACGCAUUAUCUGAUUAAUUCACUCAGGAACCUAUGACCCGUAUGGGCUCCUGAUUCACUACAUUCUGUUUUGGACUUGUUUUAACAAGGUCAUCCUGUACUUGCCACCUUUUGUUUAUCGUACGUGCUUUGAAUUCUGAUUGGCUCGCUGCGUUUGCUGUGUGUGACAUUUUGGCUUUUGUUUUUCAACAUUCCUAGGAAAUUGCAUUAAUUCACUGAAGGACGCAAAAGAAGCCACGGACAUGCGACCACUGUCAGUGAAACCAAUAAUAGCAGGUAAUUCCAAAGGUUUUAUUUUUUCCUUAAGAAACAAACAGAGUUUAUGACGUGCUGAAAGCGUUUGAAUUUAACCACAUUCUAACUCAAAACCGUAACCGGCGUUCUUUGAUUAUUUACCUUAAUUUUUUUUCAAACUUUUGGAAACUAUGCAAGAAUGAGAUUGAAGCUUAGAAUUAGGAUCAAUAACUGAAUUCACAAAGUCACAUCAUUUCUAUCACAGGCCUCUCGCGAGACUACGAAAACAGAACUGACUUGAUCAACUGGAAAUCAGCAAUCACCCGUCAUUGUCCUUUUGCGAUGUUGGCUGAUUUUGACAGUGGCGGUCAUGAUCAAGUUUUCUAUGUUUAACAUUUCAGUUAUAAUUUCUGUUGAUCCCGCUAAGCGCUGUUUCGAUAGAAUGGAAGAAAGGGAGCAGGCUUGUGUCGCUGAAUAUUCUAGGUCUACUGAUUUACACUAUUUUAAUUAAUUCAGGAGCGAAAGCUUUAACGAGAUUGAAUCUUUUUAAGCUGGCGAUCACGUGGUGUGAUAGAGGAUUAGCAGUAUCCUUUUGUUCAUUGCAUUCCUGCAUCAUGAUCAAAAGAUAGUUUACCUUUGCUACUUGCUCUACCCGUUACUAUGUUAUGAUUAAAGUUCCACAUAGAGUACGAUUACAAAACGUCUUUGAAACAUGUCUCGCGUUCAAAGCAAAAACAAAUUACAUUGCAAAUAAAAUGUGAUUACAAGCCCUCUUUGAAACCUAUAAGAGAGAAAGAAGAUCCAGGGGAUUAGGUUCGAAUUUACUCCAACCAAAAGGACAUGGAGUAUGUCUCAGCUUCCAAUAUUAGAGCCUGUGUUAAAACCCAGUCUCACCAGUUACACGAUUUACCCUAUUUCUCUUCCACCUUUCUAUCCCUGAGCUACGCGAGGUUCUGCCAGUUCUUCAAUACACGUAUUUCUAUCCUCAGGGAGUUUUAUGAAUGGUUUCAACACCGUAUUGAGUGAACUAGUAUUAAUUGCCACUGGUAUCCUAAAAGGUAAAAUUGGUAAUACUCCUCAUAUUGUAAGCAUAAUUUACACACAACGACAACAACAAGAACUUCUGCAGUUCUGCAGUUGUUCUCUCUAAUUGAAACUUCUAGUUUUUUUAAUAGUAUAAAAGUUUUUAACUGGCCUAUUGGCCUGCUAGGCCUCAGCUGACAAACUGUUCCAUGGGAUAACACCCUGAUAUCGGAAACUCUCUUUAAAGAGUCUUGGCAUAGAAUGGAAAUAGCAAGAUUAUGUCUACGAAUGAUAUUCAUGUUUGCAAAUUCCACAAGGAUGAUUCGAGUGCUUGUUUAUCCUGUGGUUUAAACUCGUCUUUGAACGAGGCUUAUCCAGUCGAGGUCGCGGAGAAUCUGAGCAGAUCUGACAUUUCACCCGGAUCCGCAUAUUAUAAAUGCAAUUGUUACAAUUUUUCAGGUUUGUGACUAAGUCCAGCACCAAUAUCCCCACACGCAACUCCACAAUAAUCGGGAGAAGACAUCAUAUCGGGAUAAGGCGGGAUCAUGAAUCAACAAUUUGUAAGCUGUUACGAGAAUUCUUUCGGGACAUAUUGGCUUCAGUUCCCCAAGCUAGGGCAGCAAAUGCUAUUGUAACUUUAUUGUUGAUCUCUUAAAUAUGAAAAAGAAAGGUACUGCUUACUACGUUAUUUGGCGUGAGCGCCGAUGUGAAUUGAACCAUUGUUUCACAUUGCUAGCUUAGGUUAUGAAUUAGGGAUGAGAACAACUCUUUAGGGUUUCUAGACGCCUAGGCAAGGUUAGUGUCAUUGGAGUUCAAAAUUUCUAGAAAGGGAUAGUUAGUUACAAUAUGGCAAGUCAUUGAUACAUAAAAGGAAUAUCAGGGAUCCGAAGAUAGAGCCCUGAGGCGCGCCGAAACGGACACAAGUUCUUCCAGAUUUGACGCUGGUUAUCGCUGUAAUCUUUGUUUUAUUAAAUUUUCUGUUUCCGAAGAGGUUUAAGUUCGAAUACCCUUUUCAGCUUGAUAAACAGAAUGGUGUUUGUUAAAUCAUUUCUCGUUAUCUAAGGUGCCAAAUGCCGUUGAUAUGUCGACAAGAGCUCUCAAAGUAAAGUAUUGAGAGAAUUAGCGACUGUAGCUAUAAGUAAACUUAUUUGAUGCCUUGGAAACUAAAGAAAGCUGGGAUACUGUUGAGGCCAUUUCAGUGACAGAAGAAAGAAGAAAUGGCUUGACUUUGGGUUUUUGUUAGUAACACAUAAUGUGAAAGUCAGGAUCAGACAGGUUAGACCUGAUGAAGCUGGAGGUGUCACCAUGUACAAUCAGAAUGUAAUUAAUUACAGGAUCAGACAGGUUAGACCUGAUCCUGUAAUUAAUUACAUUCUGAUUGUACAUGGUGACACCUCCAGCUUCUCUUUAUAAGGGGCGAGCCAGAAUAAGUUCUGGAGGUACGCACAAUUUUCCCCCUCCCCCAGUAAAUAAAUAGAUCCCUCGUCGUUUCCAAUUUUUCUCUCCAUCAAGUUUUUUCUUAACAGUAAGACGUGGGAGAAUCAUAUAGGAGACGGAUGUGCAUGCAGGCCCAUGUUCCUAGGGACAAUGUCAGCUGAAAUAUGAUAUUUAGGCGGUUUGAAACAGCUAGAAAUGCGUCUAAAAUUAGCAUUCUUCUUACAGAUACUGGGGAAAAUUUCAAGUUACUUAUGAUGAACAACUUACUCAGCCUUUUUAGCCCCUCAUGAGGGUUAGUUUUGUUUAACAGAAAUAUUGGGAAAAUAAAUUACCCAUCCUACGCUGUCCGAUCAGCCUUGAAUUUAAUUCAUAGGAACUCACUGAACAGGUCAACUAGUUGAUAUUCAGUUAGAACAAACAUAAGAAGUACUUAAUUUAUAAUGAAACUUCAUACCUUAACAAUGUCAAAAGAUCGAAACGGAAAACACCACUUUGAUGGAGCUCAGAAAGCUGGCAACAGACAUGGACAACGAGGUAUCUUGGUUUGUUUCUAUAAUAAGCAUUUCGCUUUGAUUUAACGAUGAAAAUAGCUUUUCAUGCUGCACUGAUAUCGCAAGUUGACUCUAAUAAAAGCCGAGAUGCGAUCGGUACCACAAUCCGUCAACUAAGGGCUCCGCCUUUAAAGCAAUUUUACUAACAGUUCGCGUUACGUUCAAAUUACCCUGUACUAAGUUCAUAAAAUGGUUGCUAAGCAAUCAACCCAUGAAAAUCAGGCAUUAUAUUCAAUUAUUGUUUAUUCAAAAAGUUUCUUUUUUUCUGAUUGGCUCAAAUCCCGCGGCUUAUUCUUCAUAAUCAGCUGGCGUUGACCAAAUUUGGAAGAAGUACUACAGCCUAAUUGCCAGAAAAUAGACUGAAAACCGGGAAGCCUUUGAUCGAGAUUGUGUUGUUUUGGUGGAGAAUUACAAAACGACGUAACAUUUUUCACGUUUCGCAAAAAAAAAAAAAAAUAGCUGAACUAUUGCCUAAAAUCAUAGCAAGAAUGGAGAAGAUCUGCAGAAUUCAAGAUCUGCAGAACUAAACAUCCCUCUAUAUCCUGAACUUGUUGAGAAACAGGCAACUGAGACAACUGAAGACGGUCCGCCUCGGCUAACCCCCUUCAAAUCAUACUCAGCUUCAUUUGAUAAUUGUUAAUUAACACACUAAUCAUCCAACAAAGAGGUUCCAAAAUUUCGCCCACAGCACGAGGUUUGAAUAUUGAUACAAAACGUACUAGACCCGAAAACUUGGAUCAAAUUACCAGACACGAGAUAGAAACGAGAAACUUUAAUUAACAGGUGGCUCGACAGGGCGCAAAUUUAGAACGGCUUCAAGUAAAAAAUACGUGCUUUUGCUCGUUUGAUUCUAAUUUUGUAGAAGUAGUUUCAAGGACGUAACAAAAACUAAUCUGUAAAAAUGUUUCGCGUGCUGUUGCUUGGUUUAAAAGCUGAGCCGAACUCGCGGGUUGAAGACAAAGCGUUUAAUAGGACAAUAACGUGAAAAUAUUAAAGAUGAAACAACAACAACAUGAUAUUAAUUUUGAGGAGGACUCGGAAAAAAAAAAUCCGAGUCCCAGAUGGGAUUUGAACCCACGACCCUCCGUGAUCUAGUCGGAUGCUCUAACCACUUGAGCUACUGGAGACUCUAUGGGGAGCAAGGGCCAAUUUGUGGGUCUGGACUGGAACCGAGAAAAAGGCGCUAAUUUGAGCACUUCAGGGAAAAUAGCUGGGUGGGUUGGUUUAGUUUUAUUUUAUUGACGCAGUCGAUGUAGAAACUACGUGUACUGCGGGGUCGUGCUUUUUAAGUUAACGUUAAGUUUUCGUCGUCGUAGUCUAAUACGGCUUUCUUUGAUAGUGAUGUUAAACUUUCCACUUCGGUAUUCAACGUUUGCACUGGCUCUUUCUUCAGCUUGUAACAUGGAAAUCUAUCAUGUUCUGUUUAGGUCUUCGCUUUGUCAGUUAUUUGGGCCUAAAAACUUGUUUGCUCAUUUGAAGCACUGAGAUUUCGGGAGGAGCCUUUAUAAGAAAUAGCCUCACCCGUCUCCUGUUAGAUCAUUUCUACGGUAUAUUUUCUUCACACCCUACUCCCCUAAGUCAGCACUUGUUACGCUACGGUGGCUUUAGCCUGCGUAGCAAGCGUUUCCGUUAAGUUUCGAAGGAAAGAAAGACCGAGGAAGGGGACUUUCGGUUUUGACUCCGCGAGGAAUGAAACGAGAGCCACAAAAUAAAAGAGGGGGGAGGGGGAGGGGAAGGAAGGAAACGCUUGCAGACAACCCCUCGAUUUUGAAAACCUGCGUUCGCCAGCGAACGCAGCGCCUGAUUGGCUCGGCUAGUCGAACAAUAUUGACAUGUGUCGAUCAAAGGUUUGUUUCAUACUGGUCGGGAAGAUUUUCCCUCCAACGCAAGAGCAUUUUCUUCAACUUUGUUUGAAAUGCAAAGCUCUUCUUGCGACUAUAUAAGGGUUUCAGGUCGUUAAAUUUAUUCUCCAAAGUAUCUCCUGGAUCUGAAUAACUAAAAGCGAUUUUCUUUUGUCAGGGAGUGCGAUGGUUUCCUGCAAUGUUUUGUCAUGCUGGGCCCAGCUCGUUAGUGUUUUUUGUUUUUUUCGGGAUGUUAAAUUCUCUCGGAUAGUGAUUUACAGAUCCAAAUUUCGAAGAAUGGAUUGAACCUUAAACUGAAGCUACAUCAACUAUGGAGAACUGCAUUGGGACUCAGUCAAAAUUGCUGAUUGGUUCUCCACGCGAACUUCAUCAGUUGCCAAUUUGGUUUCACAAACGCGUCCUCUAAAGCUCAUUUCCGCUCCACGGAAGGGCAAACAUUUUAUUGGUCAAUUAUGACAGCUGGUGACAGCAUCAAAUGCACAGGGUCCAGAGGAGUUUCGUGUGAAUAAAUGAAUUACUUAUUUAAAGUCUCACCUUAAAAAAUGUCUAUAUCUGUCGCUUGGCACGAUUAAUUAGCCCAAAUUAAUGGAAUCUUUAUGAAUCUACUGUAAACGAUUUCUUCGCUUCUUAUCGGACCCAGAUAGACUUUGUUGUUCGCCAUUUUGAAAAUCAAUAACCGCAAGCCAUAUGCUCGCUGGCGCACGGCACGUCGUCCGAAGAGUGACCGAAGGGCGACCGAGGCACGAAGUGCCGACCGAUCUUACGAGCCCUCAGUCUCUUGGUUUGCGGUCUAUAGAAUGUGUAACGAAACUGUAACACGAUCAAAAUAACCCAUUUUUUCAGAGGUUUUCGACGGGUUUUGAUGUUCUAACGACAAACACAUCUCCUCUGGACCCUGUGUCAGAUGUCGGUGCGCGAACUCAGGCAUGACAGGCCAAGUGGGCGGUUUUCAAAAUCCUGGGGUUUGUCUGCAAGCGUUUUCUUCCUUUCGUUCGACGCGUUCGUUCAGACCCGGUUCCAUCCAAUGACCCCAAAAUCGACGUUCCUCCGGUCCCUGUACAUCCUCCGUAAACAAGCGUUUACACUUACACACACACCAAAUCAUACACCCUUGCACACACCAAACGUAACUAGCUAUAGUUGAUUAAUUUAGACCACUUCUCUGACGUCGAUAUAUUUUCUUCUUCUAUCUUCUCCUUUUAAAGAGCUAGUAGCGAGGUAGAAUAUCUUAAAACCGUGGAUUUUACCACCAUGCAAUGCCUUAGAGUACAAAAGGUUUUUGCCAAUGAGAAUUAAAUAUUUGAGUAAAAGAAGACCAGUUUUUCAUUACACCAUUCAUUAUUUGAUUUUUGCAAAGAGUUAGAGAUUGUUUAGUUAAAGACUGAUUCAAAGAGAAAUCUAGUACGAAAAGGAAAAAGCAAAGUAACAAGAUUGAAAUUUAUUCUUGUAUUUACUCCUAUUUCUUAGGCGGCACGUGUAAUGCCUUUUUUGAAACACGAAUUUCAUGCUUACCUACUCAGAUCACCACUGAGUUAAAAAUUUACCUCCUGGCAAAACAAAUAAAACAGAUAUCACAAAUUUCAUGAAGCUAAUUUCUUCACUUCUUCUUUAAUCCAUUUUUUUUGGCAAAAAUAGCCAAAGCGUACAUAGUAUUUUCCUGAAAUUUUAUCUCAAAUAAUUAUACUGUUUUCUCGAAGAGCUGUAGAUUAGUUGUGAACGUAAGUAUUACAUGUAAAAUCUUGGACGACCUUCUUAUUUCUUCAGAGCUGGUAGCUGCAGUUUAGGUUAGUCUUUGCAUAGAAAGACAGGAAGACAUUGCCAGUUUUCCAUUUUCCAAAACAAGCUACAGGAGUAUCAAUAUUAAAAUAAAAGUAUAAAAAAGAUAUGAGGAGGAUUUUCAGGUUAAGGACAUUUAUUAUUUUAACAGCUUUUAAAGGACAGAUCGGGAUAUAACUGAUUUUACAUAGGAUAAAACACUCUUAUUUUUGCUGUUUUUAGUCAUGCGGUGAAGGUAAAAGAAAGCAGGAGCAACCCGACAGCACUUCCCGCGUAAAGGAUUUCUGGUGCAAUUAUCACUUUGGAAUGAAAGCUUUAAAAGGCGGUGAUUAUAAAACAGCCCGAUAUUACUUCGAGUUGGCAUUAAAGGAAGCCAGAGAGAUCGGAAAUAAAGAUUCUAAAGGGACUGCAUAUAACAACCUUGGCAAUGCCUACCACGAUCUCGGUGAUUUGCAGAAAGCAAUCGAGUGUUUUCAGCUGAGUCUAAGUAUCGCAGAAAAGACUGGAAACAAAAAUUCUGAAGAAACUGCAUAUAACAACCUUGGCGAUGCCUACCGUCGUCUCGGUGAUUUGCAGAAAGCAAUCGAGUGUUUUCAGCUGAGUCUAAGUAUCGCAGAAAAGACUGGAAACAAAAAUUCUGAGGGAAGAGCAUAUAACAACCUUGGCCUUGUCUAUCACGAUCUCGGUGAUUUGCAGAAAGCAAUCGAGUGUUUUCAGCUGAGUCUAAGUAUCGCAGAAAAGACUGGAAACAAAAAUUCUGAAAAAACUGCAUAUGACAACCUUGGCGAUGCCUACCGUCAUCUCGGUGAUUUGCAGAAAGCAAUCGAGUGUUUUCAGCUGAGUCUAAGUAUCGCAGAAAAGACUGGAAACAAAAAUUCUGAAGAAACUGCAUAUAAGAACCUUGGCAACGUCAUCUCGGUGAUUUGCAGCCAAUCGCCAACUCGGUGAUUUCGCAGAAAAGAGAAACAAAAAGAGGAACUACAUAUCAACCUUGGCCUUGUCUAUCACGAUUGUCAGAAAGCAAUCGAGUUUUUUAAGCUGAGUCUAAGUAUCGCAGAAAAGACUGGAAACAAAAAUUCUGAAGGAGCUGCAUAUAACAACCUUGGCCUUGUCUAUACCACGAUCUCGGUGAUUUGCAGAAAGCAAUCGAGUGUUUUCAGCUGAGUCUAAGUAUCGCAAAAAAGACUGGAAACAAAAAUUCUGAAGGAAAUGCAUAUAACAACCUUGGCCAGAAAGCAAUGUCUAUCAGAAUCUCGGUGAUUUGAGAAAGCAAUCGAGUAUUUUCAGCUGAGUCUAGUAUCGCAGAAAAGACUGGAAACAAAAAAUUCUGAAGGAGCUGCAUAUAACAACCUUGGCACUGCCUAUCGCCAUCUCGGUGAUUUCGAGAAAGCAAUCAGUUUUAUUUUAAGCUGAAAAGUCUGAAAAGAAAAGUUCUGAAGGAAGAACAUAUAACAAAAAAGACUGGAGACAGAAAAAGUCUGAAGGAUGUGGAUAUAACAAUUCUGAAGGAGCUGCAUAUAACAACCUUGUCUAUCAGAAUCUCGGUGAUCUGGAGAAAGCAAUGGAGUGUUUUCAGCUGAGUCUAAGUAUCGCAAAAACGAGUGGAAGGAAAAAUUGUGAAGGAGCUGCAUAUAACAACCUUGGCCUUGUCUAUGACGAUCUCGGUGAUUUGCAGAAAGCAUUCGAGCUUACUCAGCUGAGUGUAAGUAUCGCAGAAAAGACUGGAAACAAAGACUCUAAAAUAAUUAGAAAAAGCAACCUUGCUUCUAUUUUUUUCCGUUUUGGCGACGUUAUUAAAGCCGAGGAGUGUGCUAAAUCCUCUAUAAAACUGGUCGAGGAAAUGAGGGAUCUCCUGCCCGGGAAAGACGAGUGGAAAAUCAAUUUUCGGAAUGAACGUGACAACAGUUAUACUCUUUUAAGGAGAAUUCAAUCACAACAAGGUAGAACCCUUGAGGCACUUUUCACAGCUGAGGCGGGACGAGCACAAGCUCUCAUGGAUCUCAUGGAAUCACGAUAUUGCGUCAGGGAAUCAAUUCGACCGUCGUCAGAACAGCAGAUGGAACUAAUAAUGACAAUUUCAGGACUUGUUUCUUCACCUACGAUUUUUGUAGCAGAAGAUGAAAAAUUAGUGAGUUUGUGGUUACUGCUUAAGGGACAGCAGUGUCAUUUUAUCCAAAAGAAGAUCAGUGUUGACUUAAAAUCACUAAUUCGCGAAACGUACCAAAAGAUUGGUGUCAACUUCGAUGUGAGGGGCAAGGAUCGCUCCCGGGAUGAGCCAGAAGAUGAAGAGAGUGUUGCUCUUAAAACAUUGCAUGACGUGGUUAUCGCUCCAUUUUCACACUUGAUAAAAAGUGACGAAAUCAUCAUUGUCCCUGACCGCUCAUCAUUCUUGAUUCCUUAUGUUGCCCUUGUGGACCAGAAUUCCAGGUAUUUGUCUGAAACGAUGAGAAUUCGAUUGGCUCCAUCACUAAGAAGCUUGAGGUUGCUGGCAGAGUGUCCGGAGGACAACCAUAGUACAUCUGGUGCACUGCUUGUUGGUAAUCCGUGGGUGGAAACCGUACGCAUCAAAGGGUCCAAAUUCAAACCGCUUCCAGGUGCUGAGAAAGAAGUACAAAUGAUUGGACAGAUUCUUAACAUUCAACCUCUCACUGGUAGGAACGCUACAAAAGAUCAAGUUUUGAGCAGGCUCAACUCAGUUUCUUUAGUACACAUUGCAGCACAUGGUUGUCCAGAAAACGGAGAAAUUAUUUUGUCUCCUAAUCUUGCUGAUGCUAAAAAGCCGGAAGAGGAGGACUUUCGUUUGACAAUGAGAGAUGUUUUGGAUGCACAAUUGCGCGCCAAGCUUGUUGUCUUAAGCUGCUGUUUCAGUGCACGAGGGGAGAUCAAAGCCGAGGGAGUGGUUGGAAUUGCACGUGCCUUUUUAGGAGCCGGUGCACGUUCUGUUAUCGCGUCACUGUGGGCGCUCAGCGACGACGACACUUUGGAGUUUAUGAGACAUUUUUACCGAAAUUUGGUAGCGGGGCAAAGUGCAAGUAAGUCCCUUCAUCAUGCCAUGGAAUGUAUGCGAGAGACUCAAGAAUUCAACGCCGUGAAGUACUGGGCGCCAUUCGUGCUGAUUGGGGAUGACGUGACAAUGAAUUUUGACUAA